AUGCCUGCUAAACGGUCGACUGCCAUCCUCGCUCUACCGCACGAGUCGCUCCUUCAUCCACCGCCGCCCCUCAUCGCUCCCCAUUGCCUGCCUCGUCCAGCUGCCCCUCUUGCCUCCUGGCCCUUCAUGCGCCACCCAGAUAUGCAGAAGGCUGGGCGCUGUGCCGACGGGCGCCGAACAAACAAAAUCAAAAAGAAAAUACGGAACAAAGCAAACAAGAACAGAGAUUGCGCAUCGUUCUAUGGUCCCAGCAGCUCCGGAAUCCCCAGCCCCUUGAAACAUAAGAUUCCCCAAUGUAGCCGAAACACCCUGCCAUGGACGCGAAAGAAAAUUCACCCCCCGGGCACAUAUAAUACUAUUAAUAAACAAGCAUGGUUCAUGCAUCAAGCACAUUCGUUGGCUCGCCCUCGCAUCUGUUCGAGUUGGGCAUCUGCGAGGAAUGGAGUUCGAGAGAACGAGACUUCAACGAAAACAAUAAAUAGGUCGAAAGUUGCGCGUUGCGUAGAUUCUGCUGGACGGCGCAUUGUCGACAGCCGGUAUGAACGUGGGGAAGAUGCUGCCCCUGGUCCGACCCACAUGAGGCCAUAUAACAAGAGUAUGAGAUAG